CUGGCCGUGGCGCGUGAGGCUGCUGCCGACCCCCAGGACCCUAGGCCGAGCGUAUCCGCGGCCGCCGAUGCCCCAGUUGCAUUGAUCAGGUCCCUGCACAUCCAGAUCUCCCGUGAAAAGGGAUCUGCUGCAGAGCUUCUGUCACUCAGGGGAGCAGUCACUUCCACGUCCACCACAACAGAGUGUGCAAUAGCCUGGAAUUAUGUGCUUGCUAAAGAAAUCCGGGACCCCUGCCUUACUCUUCAUUUGGAAACAGAGCCCACUGCUCCCUGCAGGUGUGGGCACAGCACACGGUAACCUGAGCCAGAUUUUGUGUGUGAAACUGUGUGGAAAUCUGAAAUACUAUCAAUCAAAUCUGUAUAGUACAGUGGUGCCACCUGAUGAAAUCACAGUUAAUUAUAGACAUGGUCUUCCCUUGAUAACACUUACUUUGCCAUCCAGAAAAGAGCGCUGUCAGUUUGUAGUGAAACCAAUGUUAUCAACAGUUGGUUCAUUUCUUCAGGACCUACAAAAUGAAGACAAAGGUAUCAAAACUGCUGCCAUCUUCACAGCAGAUGGCAGUGAAAUUGCAGCUUCAACCUUGAUGGAAGUUUUGCUAAUGAAUGAUUUUAAACUUGUCAUUAAUAAAAUAACAUAUGAUGUGCAGUGCCCCAAGAAAGAAAAGCUGAGUCGUGAGCAAACUACUGAGAUGGAAAACAUGAAAUCCUUGGUUCACAGACUGUUCACAGCCUUGCAUUUAGAAGAGUUUCAGAAAAAGAGAGAGCACCAUCUACUGGAGAAAAUCGACUACCUGAAGGGACAGCUGCAGCCCCUCGAACAGAUGAAAGCCAAAAUAGAAGAUCGUUCAGAAGCCAAAACCAGUGGACUCCUGUGGGCUGGGUUAGCAGUGCUGUCCGUCCAGGGCGGGGCAAUGGCCUGGCUCACCUGGUGGGUGUACUCCUGGGAUAUCAUGGAACCAGUCACCUACUUCAUCACAUUUGCAAAUUCUAUGGUCUUCUUUGCAUACUUUAUAGUCACUCGACAGGAUUAUACUUACUCAGCUGUUAAGAGUAGGCAGUUUCUUCACUUCUUCCAUAAGAAAUCAAAGCAACAGCACUUCGAUGUAGUGCAGUACAACCAGUUAAAAGAAGACCUUGCUAAGGCUACAGAAGCCCUGAGACGGGUGCGCCACUCUCUCUAUUUGCAGAUGCCAGUAGAGGAACUCAAUGAAAAGAAGUGAUCUUCCAUUUUUAAAUGUCAGUGAAUUUUUGCAUUGUGUUCAUUUGCAACUUAGAAACUGGAACUUUCUGAGUCCUGUAGUUCAUGUGAAUUUGACUAUUUCAGUCUCUUUUGUUAAUAAAAAAAAAUGCCUGCAAAACA